CUCUCGGAUUACGGCUGCUGGCUCCUUCGGCCGGCUGCUCCGAGCCCCGCGCGACCAGCAAGGCUCCUCGGCUCCAUUGUGGUUGCGCGCGCGCCUCCCCGGGCCCCCUCCUCCCGGCGCGCCCCCUGCCUGCCCCAGGGCGUCGAGGAGGCGCCUCUCUCUCUGCGCCGGCCAGCACCGCCAUGGCUCUCCCCGCGGGGCGCAGCAGCAGCAGCAGCCGAGGCUGAAGGAGCCACCGAGCCGGAACCCGGGAGAGGUGCGGCCGCUGCGCUGCUCCUCGCCCGUCCGGGGGGCCCCGCCGCCCCGCCUCCUCUUCCUCCUCCUCCUCCUCGCAGCCCACCGGGGGUCGCCGUAGCCUCCGCCGCUCCCCGUCGUGGCUGGCUGGCUGGCCGGGUGGCUGGCUGUGCGCACCGGCGCGCCAUGGAGACGGCCGAGAAGGAGUGCGGCGCGCUGGGCGGCCUCUUCCAAGCCAUCGUCAACGACAUGAAGAGUUCCUAUCCCAUCUGGGAAGAUUUCAACUCCAAGGCAACGAAACUCCACUCCCAAUUGCGGACUACAGUUCUGGCCGCAGUAGCCUUCCUCGAUGCCUUCCAGAAGGUGGCAGACAUGGCUACCAACACACGAGGAGCGACAAGAGACAUUGGCUCGGCUCUAACACGGAUGUGUAUGCGCCACCGUAGCAUUGAAGCCAAGCUGAGGCAGUUUACCAAUGCCCUGAUGGAGAGCCUGAUUAAUCCUCUGCAGGACAGGAUAGAGGACUGGAAGAAAACCGCCAACCAGCUUGACAAAGACCAUGCAAAAGAAUACAAGCGAGCCCGUCAUGAGAUAAAGAAGAAAUCCUCUGACACGCUGAAGCUGCAGAAGAAAGCCCGCAAAGAACUUCUUGGGAAGGGGGACCUGCAGCCACAACUGGACAACGCACUCCAGGACGUCAGUGAUAUGUAUCUCCUCUUGGAAGAGACAGAAAAGCAGGCCGUUCGCAAGGCCCUCAUAGAGGAGCGUGGCCGGUUCUGCACCUUCAUUGCUUACUUGCAACCUGUGGUGAAUGGAGAGAUUACUAUGUUGGGGGAGAUCACCCACCUGCAGGGCAUUAUUGAUGAUCUGGUGGUACUGACUGCAGAGCCUCACAAAUUGCCCCCAGCUAGUGAACAGGUGAUCAAAGAUCUGAAGGGCUCCGACUACAGCUGGUCUUACCAGACUCCACCGUCAUCUCCUAGCAGUUCUGGAUCCCGCAAGUCUAGCAUGUGCAGUCUCUUCUCUUUUCCUUCUCUGCAUUUGCUCCUGCUGAUCGGACUUUGGGCAUGGCAGAAGUCUUCCAGCUCCGCUUCGUCCGAGGCCUCAGAAACCUGCCAGUCUGUUAGUGAAUGCAACUCCCCGACCUCGUGGAAACCUCUGAAUGUAGCUCAUGGGGCCAGGACUGAAGGAAGCUCCCGAAGAAGCCUCAGUCUGGAUUGGUCCAAAGCCACUCUGUACGAGCAGCCAGUGGCAAAUACACUGCAGCGAAGGAAAGACCGCGUUGAGCAUCUCCGGGAAGCAGAGAUGGGCUCGGCCACCCUGGGAUAUCCAGGCAUCAGUUUGGAGGAAGGAUCGAGGCCACGCAUGUCCCCAGCCACCAUCGCUGCCAAGCAUGGUGAGGAGGUGUCCCCAGCAGCCAGUGACUUGGCAAUGGUGCUGACCCGUGGCUUGAGCCUUGAGCACCAGAAGAGCAGCCGGGACUCCCUGCAGUACUCCAGUGGCUACAGCACACAGACAACCACGCCCUCUUGUUCCGAGGACACCAUCCCCUCACAAGGUUCAGAUUACGACUGCUAUUCAGUCAACGGUGACGCCGAAGGCGAGAGUCAGAGCGAUUUUGACAAGUCCUCGACCAUCCCUCGCAACAGCAACAUUGCCCAGAACUACCGCCGCAUGAUUCAGACCAAGCGACCUGCUUCUACCGCUGGCCUGCCCACCGGCACUGCCCUGCCAUCGGGUACCACUCCGGGCGUGGCCACCAUCCGUCGCACGCCUUCCACUAAGCCCACGGUACGCCGAACCCUCUCCAACGCCGGUCCCAUUCCCAUCAGACCACCCAUUGUCCCCGUCAAGACCCCCACGGUGCCUGACUCCCCUGGAUACACUGGCCCCACCCGAGUGGGCAGUGAGGAAUGCGUGUUCUAUGCCGACGAUGCCUCACCUAAUCCUAUGGACUUCUCCAAAGCCUCACCCAAGAGGCUCAGCCUGCCCAACACAGCCUGGGGCAGCAACAUCAUGGAGAUCUCGGUAUAUGCUGGGGCCGGGCAGCACCUCUCCACGGAGGAAGAGGACCAGCAGCUGGCAGCCAACCGCCACAGCCUGGUGGAAAAGAUCGGUGAGCUGGUGGCCAGUGCGCAUGCGCUUGGGGAGGGCCAGUUCCCCUUUCCGACCGCGUUGUCUGGCCUUGGCCCCGGGGAAGAGACACCCGUUCCUCCCCCGGCAGCCUCAAGUGACCCCCCUGCUGAAGACAUGUUAGUAGCAAUCCGCCGGGGGGUGCGCCUUCGCAGGACCAUCACCAAUGAUAGGUCAGCCCCACGGAUUUUGUGAUGGCCCCUUUCCAGCUGCCCAUCUUCUGCCCUGCAUGGGGUCAGGACUGAACCAGGAACAACCACCACGACGAAAAAGAUGAAAGAGAACCAACCACAAAAAAGGCAAAGCCACUUUAUGGACAUAGCGUCAAAGGCUAGAAUUAAAUGGAGUCUGAAACGAAACACACCUUCGCGAACAUGCUCCGAAGGGUACAGCCUGGCACUGGUUGGAGCCUAUUUUAUAUACUGUUUUUCAAAGGUCACCCUCCCAGGUUUCCUCUCCUUUCCCUGUUCUGCACCUUCUUCCUGACUUUAAAAAUCAGUUUCUGCCAGCACCACCCAGAGGCAAUCUGUGUUGUUAUAUGUUUUGUCAGGGAGGAGUGAAAACCUGGACCGAAUUUAUCAACUGUUGGGCAUGCAUCACACAUGCAGCUGUAGUGCAAGGCAAGACUGUCUUCUGCAAAAAGCACUCGUGCCUCUUCUGAACGGAUACACCGUUAAGUCCUGUGCUGAGUCCUUCCCUCCACCAUUGUCUUUUCUGUGUUUCGAUCAUCUUUUUUUGGUAUCCUCUGGUUCAAAAAAAAAAGAAAAGACUUCCUAGGUGGUUACAUCAACGUUCCCAGAUAAUUUGGCCCUGUUAAAAGAUGGCUCCUCGUAACACAGCCGGACUUCGGGCUGGAAAAGCAGCUGUGAACAGGAGCCUCGUGAGAAUGUGACUGUCCAGUGGAAGGAGCCUCACACUUCCCAUCUGGGUGCGGCUACACUUUUGGCAGAGUCACGGGCACAAAAUCUUUGUCUGCGUCGGUCCUGGUGGUGCCGUUGGGAAUCGGAUGGGUGGUUUCUGGUUUGAACCGGGCUGCUUGUCUUUCUGCCAGGCCCCUGUUGGGGGUUACACAGCAGCAAUUCAGGAAAGCCAAGAGGCAGGCUGCCGCCGCCUUGCCAGAGACGCCUGCAAUGCCUAGCCCAAAUCUUUCCAUAGACCCAUGGCGACAGUGCCCUGGGAUGCAAGUGUGGCCAGAGAACGCAUGUGGCUGAGGAGCUGUAAGUAGGUGUGGGUGGAGGUGGCGAUCAGUAGUACUGGGCUGAAAGAGGGGUGAAAGAGGCUCCCAGGCAAGUGGAAGAGGGGUGCCUGUGCUAAGUCCAGUGUGUGGGCCGAGAGUCUCUCUCACAAGGGUGAAACUGUUCUUGUGUGUGAGUUCAUUCUUGGAUAGGUGCCACACCAGAAGCUGAAGCUCUUGACUUUGGCUCAGGUGAACAUGGAUGGCUGGGGAGCUGCUUUUUAAGAGGUAUUUUUGACAGGUCUGAUGAGAGAGGGCCCCUUGUGAUUAGUUUAGGGUGAGCUCUGUGGCUGCUGCUGGCGGCAUUGCCAAAGUACAUUACCCAUUCAGAAACUUUCCCUUCUAUGAAUGUUCAUUGGCUGUAAAACUGUAGUGACUUUUUUUAAAAAAGAUGGGAAGAAACAGAAUAUCUGCAUAGCUGAUGAGUAGGAGUGAAUGUGUUAAAAAAAGCAGAGAGGAUUGUUCGGCGGCAGGGGGGUGGAAUGGAUCUGCUCCCCCUCCAAAGUUUGGACUUCAGAAACAAUGGGAAAAAGAUAUGGCGUCCCUGGUUCCACAUCACAUUCCUCAUUUGGGGUGCAAAAUGGAACAUAAUUUUGAUAAUCAGUAGACCCUGCAAAUGUUUCACGACACAAAGUAUUAAAGGUGAGCCGCUGAUGCAGAUGCUUUACUCACCGCCGAGGACUCAGAAGGAGCAGGCCUUGGUCACAGAGGGCUCUCAGUCUAAACCCAGUUUGGUUUCUCCAGGAGUGACUGAAUCCCACAUGUGAUUCAGAUUGGAUGGGCCCAAGGUAUGGGGUACAGACUGUUGAGCUGACCAGUUCCCAGGCGACAUGCGGCCCUUAACUUUAAGUCUUGAGCAAUGGGCGUAUACCGGCAUUUCACCAGUUGGGUCAGAGCAGCCUGCCUGCUGCUCAAGCAAGUCUCAUCUUGGUAUUUCUUGCCUUAGGAAUUGGCUCACCUGUUCUGCUGCCCUUGAGGCACACUUUUUGAAUAGGCAGGGCAGAAGUAAUGUCAGGCAUGGCUGCAGAGGCUCCAACUGCUCCAGUGAGGUCUAGAGCUGAAGAAGAAAGGACAGUCUGCCUGGAGGCUCAUCAGCCAGGCCAAAGGGUGCAUCAACUGAUCUUUUCCGUAAGUGGAGUGUCUGGCUCCUGUGUGCCUGGCUCCCCAAGAAAGUCGAGGAUUUAAGGCUGUUGGCAAAAUGGAAUGUGAUGCUGGGAUGAGGAAACAGUCCUGAAAAGCAAAAGGGCGAGGAGGCAGAAAGCAGAGGAGAAAGGCAGAUGGCUUAUAUGAAGGUAGACGUGUGUGUUUCAGGUGUGGGGGGGAGCUGGCUUUUCCCUUUGUUUGGCUAGAAAAGAUGUGCUGGAAGCUAGCUUGUUGGAGAAAUGAGAUGGAAUUGAAGGGGGUAGGUGUUGAAAGCAGGACUGAAAGCAGGAAAGAGUUUGGCUGUCUGAUGCCAGGAUAAGAGCAUGAGCACCAGCUAAUCUCCAGUUGCCCUACAUAGGUAGGAGAUGGUGCCAGCCCAAGUUAUAUUUUUUGUUAGCCACAAUUCUCUUGAACAGGCCAAAGACCCCAGUUCGAAAGGAAACUGCAUUGCGCACAUGGUAAAAUGGGAGUUGGUUGAAACUUAGAAAAGCCCUCCACCAGGUUUGAAAUGACUGUUGACAAAUGUGAGGUUUAGGUGAAUUUGCAUAAUAUAAUCCAAACUCAGCAAAGUUCAAGACAGACAAGGUGGUGAUUUCUGGCAGGAGUUCGCAUGCAUCAAUCCACAAACCAUACAGCCACAAUUGUGCAUAUGUAACUGGGCACUCAGGAUUCUGGGCACAAUCAUCUGCUAGAGGCCUUUGAGGAAGCACACCUCCUCCUCCACUGUUCUCUGGCUGAUCCUGCCCCCCCCCCCCCCCCAUGCCUACCCCCAGUGCUGGCAAAACACAGCAGCUCCUGGUGAUGUACAUAGUUCCAAAGCCGAAAAACCCUGGCCUCCCCCUCUGUUCCGGGAAGGGGGUGGGAGAUGGUACCCUCUCAUGUAACCCUCUUCCUUUUUGACUGUUGUAAUAACAUUUUAGUUCUAACUUGCCAGCCCUCCUGUUUGCUCCAUGCUGUGUCAUGACCAGAGAUUACAACCGUGACAAAUGUUUGCAUUUUGCUUUUUAUUUUUCAUUUUUGUACAGAGAAAAAAACAACCCUCCUUUAAAAUGUCUUUUAACUGACGUAACUAUUCUGGUGCUGUUGUAACUUGUCCCCCCCCCCCCUUCUCUCUUUUUAAUUUAUUUCCCUGGCCCCUUCUAGCACUCCCCUAGUCUUUCCCACAACUUUUUUUCUUACUUGAAAGGAUUAUUCUACCCCCAACUCCCUCCUCCAUUUAAAAUAGUCACUGCUACAAGUAACGAAUGCACUGUGAAGAUUCCAGUAUUAAUAAAAGUCGUACUGUAAUUAA